AUGGAUUUUGUCAAGUCUCAAUUUGAAGCUGCUUUAGCUUCAAAACGUCCAUUAACAAAACAAGGUUUAAUAUCAUUAAUUGAUUCUGUUGAACAAACACAAUUAUCAACAUUAUAUCGUUGGUUAUUUCAUCGUUUAAAUGAUCAUUUAAUUUAUAUGGCACGUCAUAAUCAACAUAUAGAAUUUUUUCUUUCAACACGUCAAUUAUCAUUUUAUUUACAUGAACACUUUAUAAAUAAUUAUACAUCAUUACAAUCUUUAUCAAUAAAACAAUUAAAUCAAAUUUUAAAAAGUCUUCAACAACAACAAACAUUAACACAAAGUGAACUUAAUCAAUGGAAACGUUCACAGCCAGGUUUAACAAGUGAUGAUCUUAUAUUACAUUGUUUAUUUUAUAAUUCACCACAAUUAGCUUUAUCAAAUGAAACAAGUUUAUUUCUUGGUGAUUUAUUUCGUGUUGGUUUACAUACAUGUGUACAAAAUUUAGCUGAUAAAGAUAAUAAAACAUCAUUAAAAAUUUUAUUUAGUCUUGGUUUAGCACCAUUAGAUAUUAUACAACGAAUUAUGUCUACAACUGUUUAUCAUCAUUUACGUACAUAUUGUGCACAAUAUUUAAAUGAUUUUGGUGAAGAAUUUUAUUUAAUUAAUCAAGAAAUAAAUAUAUUAAAUUUUUUAAAUCAAUUAAAACAAUUAUAUACAAGUGAAACAAUAUUAGAUUUAAUUGAUAGUAGAAAACAAUCAAUUGAAUAUUGGAAUAGAAUAUUUCCAUCUGUACCAUUAAUAACAACAUUUAGUUGUCGAGAUAUUGUACCAAAUUUAAAACAACAAUCUCAAACAAUAACAUUAUCAAAAAGACUUGCAUAUAUGCAAAUUACUUUUGAUUGGUUAUAUACAAUUAUGGAUAAAGAGAAUGAAGAAGAAAGACGAUGGUUAUUAGUUACAGAAGGUCGACAUUUAAUUGGUGAAGUACCACUUUUUUCACGAAAAGCUGUUGAGUCACAAACAGAACUUCAAUUAGCUUACCUAUACGCUUCUUCUCGUCAAUCAUUAACUCUACUAAAACAAUUAUAUUCUAUUGAUAAAAUCGAUAAUAUUGAAAUGAUAUGGUCUCAACUAAUUCCAUCUGUUCAAUGGCGAUUUGCACGUUUAAUUAACUGGAUGCCUUCAAAUUCAUCUGAUAUAUUAUUUUGGCAUAGUAUUCUACAAGAUGAAACGAAUGAUUCAUUAAUAUUAAAUCAAAGUAAACUUCAUCGUAUAUAUCCCGCAUAUAUAUAUUUUUCAAUUAACGAUGAUAAUGAAAAUCUUGAUAAUGAUGAACAAUGGUGUCAAUGGUUACGUUCAAAACCAUGUGAUUAUGCAUUACAAAAUUCAUUUGAUAAUACAUUACCAAUUGAUCCAUUAGUUAAUAUUGUUCGUCAAGGACUUAAAAAUCGUUAUGAUGAUAAUGAUAAUAAUUUAAAUAUAAAAUAUCCAGCAUUAAGAUUAUUAUCAAAAUAUUCGAAAAUAAAUUCAUUUGAUAUAAGUAUUUAUCAUUUACUUGAUCGUUUUAGUCAAUUAGAUAUAUCACGAUGUUUUACAUGGCAAGAAGCAAAUAUAUUUCGUGCUAAUGAAGAUUUAACUAUUUUACAUGAUUGUUUUUCAUCAUCAAAUGAUACAAAUAAUAAUGAUCAACAGCAACAACAACAACAACACUCAAUUGAUUAUCGUUAUUUAUUUGGACAAAAUCGUCCAUUAACAUCAUUUGCACAUUUUCUUUCAUCAUCAAUUGAUGAACAAGAACAAAAUCAACAACUAUCAUCAUCAUCAUCAUCAUCACAACAAAAUUUAUCAACAUUAAUUGAUAGACGUUUUAAUCGUUUAAAAUAUUUUUUAAUAACAUCAUGUAAAACAAAUUUAAAAAAUUAUUUAUCAUCAAUUAUAUUAUUUGAUAUAUGUAAUGAAGAAACAUUUUAUAUACGUUUAUAUGUAUCAGUAAUGAAAAUAUUAAAAACAACUAUGUCAGAAGAUUUAACAUCAAUAUCAUUAAAAUUAUUAUCAUCAAUAAAUGAUUUUAAUUCAUUAAAUUCAAUAAAACAAUUAAUUUUAUUUAAUCUUUUUUCACAAACAUAUUCAUUAAAACAUAUACCAACAUUAUUAACAUAUUAUACAAAUCGUUCAUAUUGGUUUGAAAUGUUAUUUAUUGCACAAUUAUUUCAUUAUAGUGUUGAUGAUAUUAUAUCAUGUUUAUCACAAGUACAACAACAAAAUAUGUUAUUUGAACAUUUAAAAUGUUGUUUUAAACGUUUAGUUAAACAAGAUCAUACACCAUUACUUAAACAAGAUCUUUUUGCUUUACUAACUGAUCAAACAUUAACAUCGGAACAACUUAAAUUAAGAUUUCAACAAGGUGCUCAACAAUGUUCUCGUCCAUUAUUAGCUGUUCUUUAUAGUACUCUUCCACAAGUAUCAUCAAUCGAUGGAUUUGUUUUAUUUCUUCAAUCAUUAAAUCCAAAAUAUCCACAUCUAUUUCCAAUAACAUCAAAUUCAGCUAAUUUAGCUAGUCGUUUAUUAUGUCAUAUAGCUGGACUUGGUCAUUGGACAGUCCUUAUUCUUGCAACACAUAUAUUUGCACCUGAUAGUCGAUUAGAAUUAUUAGUUCGUUUUUGUUAUGCAUGUAUUGAUAUAAAUGAACAACCGAUACCAAAAUUUUUAACUUCAACAGAAACAUAUAUUGGUCUUGGACAAACAUCAACUUGGUUUGAACAAUUAAUAAAUGAAUUAUUAUUAUGUGUAUUUCGACAAGUAUCAUCACAUACAGAUAUACGUUCAAUAUUUCAUUUACUUGGUGAAAAAAAUGAAUUUUAUCGUUUUGAACCAUUAUUUUCUUUACUUGAUGAACAACCAUCACCUGUACCAUUUGAUUGGUCACUUGUUAUGUAUACAGAUCGUUGUUAUCGUUCAAUAAUGUACUUAAUUGAACAGUUAAUAAAACAUGAUCGUUUUGAUUUAGUUGAUGAAAUAAUUGUUCGUGUUAAUAUUGAAAUUGAUGUAACAUUAUUUGAACGUUUUAAAUGUUCAUUUGAUGAAUAUAAACAUGAUCGAAAUACUGAUGAUAAAGAAUUAAAUGAAGCAUUUGAAACAAUAUGUCAAGGACAUCAAGAUGUACUUAAACGUUUAAAAAAACCAUUACUUUAUGGAGAUUUUCUUAUAUCAAUACGUUCAACAUCAUCAAAAUUAAUUCGUGUAUUACUUCAUAUAUUUGCUAAUCAAGCACAACAUUUACCUGAACCAUAUGAUUAUUUAUCAAUAAAAAUUCCUCAACACCAAACAAUUAAUGAUAAAUUAUGGACAGCAUUAAUUAGUUUUAUACAUGAAUAUCAAAAUAGACCAAUUGUUAAUAAAAUACUUGAUUAUAUGGUUAGUUUAUUUUCAAAUUAUUUACUUGAUCAAUUAGGAACAGAAAAAUUAAUACCAAAAGAUUUUGAUGGUUAUUUACGAGUAUUUGAGGAAAUUGAAAUAGAAGAUGAAAUAAUUGAUGAAGAUAAACAAACAACAAUUAUUGCUGAAAAUGAAUUCGAAGCCGCACUUUUAAAAAAUGUUUUUGCAACAAAUAAAGUUACAUCAACAACAGAUACAGUUGUAACAGUAAUAUCAAUAGACAAAACUUCAAAUACGCCAUCUAAUCGUCGUCCAUCAAGUCGCGCUUCUUCAUCUUCACAUUUACCAUCAUUUGGUGCAACAUCAAGUCGUCGAUCAUCAGGAUCAUUCACAGGUUCUGGUGCAACAAAUUUACAUCAUUUAUCCGAUAAAGAUCUUCGUUUAUGUGUAACAAUAACUGAAAAUGCAUUUUUACAACGUUCAUCACCUGAACUUGCAUUACAAUUAGCAAAUAAAUUUCGUAUGACAACAUAUAAUUUAACUGCUUUUUCAUAUGCACAUCGUCUUUAUUUAAAUAUUUUAUCACCAUCUGAUAUUCGUACACGUAUUGAUCAAUUACCUGAAAUAAAUAAUAAUACUCAAUUUAAUAAAAAAUAUUUAACAGAUGUUUUACGAACAAUAUCAAUAACAUCAACAGAUCAUGAUCAAUCAAAUACAAUUGAUGAUCAAAAACAAAAAUUAAUUGAUCGUCUUUUAUCACGAACAUCACAUGAUGAUCAUUUAAUACCAAUAAUAAAUACAUUAUUUAAAAUAAGUCGUCUUUUUCGUAUUGAUUCAUGUUAUUUAUUAAAACCAAAUACACAUAAUGAUGAAUGGAAUUUAUUAAAACGUAUAUUUUCUUAUCCAUCAUCAUCAUUUCCAACAAAAAUAAAAUUAGCUGAAAAAUUUUCAAAAUAUUUACAAUUAUCAAGUGAACAACUUGUCGAAUUAAUUGUUGAUGAAACAGAUAAAACAUUAAAACUUUGUGAAAAAAAUGAUCCAAAUGAUGAUUAUCAUUGUUGGCCAUUUGAUCCAAAUAAUAUUGAAUCAUAUAAACAAUUUAUUUCACUUUUAUAUGAAAAAAAUUAUGAUGCUAUUGGAAAACAACUUGUUGAAAGAUCAAAAAUGUAUGAAGAUCAAUUUCUUUCUUUGGGUAUACCAGAUGUUUCAUCGCCAUUACUUCGUAUUCGUAUUGAAUUAUUAAUCUAUGCACAUACAUGUUUUAUUAAUUCAUGUCAUAUGGAAGGAAUAUGUUUAGUACUUGAUCAUGCUCGUCAUGUAGCAUUUCUUCUAAAUGAAUUAAAUGGUUAUCAAUUACUUAUUCGUUUAUUAAUGGGUUUACAACAAUAUUCUGAAAUGAUAUAUAUAUUUGAUAUGUUAUUUCAAUCUGAUCAAUUUGAUUUAUUAUUAUCAACAAUAAGUAAUAAUAAUGAUGAACGUUUAAAUACAGCAUUAUUUGAUUAUAUAAAACGAUAUCAUCCAAAUGAUGAACAUACAUUUACAUCAAUAUCAAUGAAUUUAAAUAUGCAUCAUGAAUUAGCCGUAAUGUAUCGUGAUGCAGGAGAAAAAUUAUUAAAAACACUUCAAUUUAAUCAACCAUAUUCAUCAGCUGAAAUGUCAAUAACAUUACAAAGUUUACUUCAAUAUUAUUCUGAUGCAGCUGAUACAUUUUAUUUAGCUGAUUGUUGUCGUCAAAGUGAACAAUGUUUAAAACAAGCACGUCUUAUAUCAUUACAAAUUGAAUUUAUGCAAAAACAACAAGGAUUAGUUAUAUUAAAUUUAAAUUCAAAACAAAUACGUGAUUUAUUGCCAAAUUUUGAACGUUGUUGGCAUGCAUUUAUUUUAGCUGAUGCUUAUAAUGAACAUUCAUUAUGGUCACAUUGUUUAAUAGAACAAUUUAUAUGUAAUAAAAAUUCAAACGCAAUUGUAUAUUGGAAUGAAUUUCAACAAUUAAUAUCAAUUGAUGAUCAAUUUAUGUUAACAAUGGGAAGAAAUUUAUUAAAAAAACCUUUUAAUACAAUAUCAAUUAAAAAUUUUCAAGAAAUACUUUUACAUAUAACUGAUUCAUCUAUUCUUAUUCAUUUACAACAAUUAUUAAUAACAAAUGAUAAUACUUAUUCAAAUUUAUUUACAUCUAUUGAUUCACCAUAUAUUCGUGAUACUAUUCGAGUUCUAUAA